AUACACAUGAAAACAUCGGUAUGCCGCUGCCGUCUGACAGUCAGCGGCGUAGAAGACGGUUGCAGGGCUGGAGGGGAUCCGUGCCAGGGUCCGGAGUUUUGAUUGGGUUGCAGCUAUUGGCGCGCGGUGCUGAUGGAUUCAACCCACCGCCACUGCAAUCCUCAGCAGCAGGGUCUGGCGUGGGGCUGCUAUCCCUUGCCGAGCAGCGACGGUUGCCGAGCACGAGUACGACGCGCUGGCAGAGGCUGUACUCGAAGGACUCCUCGACACACAAUCCUGGCAGUAGAGGAUGCCACGGCUCAAGACGAGGGGCGAGAAGAGUAAGCCGGCUCGGCGCCGCCGCCGCCGCCGCCGCCACCGCCACCGACAACGUCGGUCCGGAGCUCCAGCAGCUAUCAAACGCCGUCCCCACGGAAGAGAGCAUGGACGUGGCGGCCAAGCUGUCGGUGCCCCUCAAGGUCAUGGUUUUUAUCGACGGCACGUGGCUGUACUACAGUUUCUUUGGAAGGGGGGAGCGUUGUCACGUGUCUGCGAAGCUUGGGCCCGGCUGGGUGUACGAGUACAACGUGAAGUGGGAGAUGCUACCCGUGAUCAUCAGCCGCGCCGUACACGCGCAGCUCGCCCGGUACGGCCAGUCUUCAAGGCUCGUGGAGGUGGUUCGCACCGUGGUUUUUUCGAGCGCCCGUAAGGACACGGACAAGGAUAGCACCAGGAUGCGGAUGUUCAACGCCAUGCGAGAGAAGAACUUCGAGGUGCAUAUGGCCACGACCGUAGGGGUCCAGGAGAAGUGCAUCGACAUCGCUCUGGCGGUGGAAAUGAUGCACUACGCGACUAUACCGGACACCUACGACGUGGGCGUGUUGGUGACUGGGGACAAGGACUUCAUGCCGGCGAUGGCGCGCACGCGCCAGAAGGGGCGGAGGGUCUGCCUGUGCAGCAUGCGCAACUCGUGCAACCAAGCCCUCCUCCGAGACGAUGCGCACGUCACGGACUUCGAACCCAUUUGGAUCAACGAGUACCUCGACGACCUCAUGGAGUACGUUCCGCCUGUGGAAGGGAUCGGUGCAAACAAGGUGAAGGUCGCGCCUGAGAUCUUGUGUCAGGUCGUGAUGAAGCUCGUCGAGCAGCAGGGCGGCAGCAUCAACUCGCGGUUGCUCGGGAGAGAGCUGAACAAGAUUAGCGUCGAUGAAGACGGUACGACAGCCCUCAGUGUCAUCAAGGAGAGGUGGCAGGUCCUUUCGAGGUUCGUGUUCGAGCACAGCGAUAUGUUCCAGGCCAUCCUCCCUGUUAGCAACCCGACCAAGACCAAGGAGUACACCAUCUCCAAAGUCGACAGCCAGAACUCGAUGAAGUCGCUCAAACUUGGUGAGGUGAUGGACGAGUCAGUGUCGGACGAUGAUGAGGCGUACAGCGAUGAUGAAGAAGAGCUAGAGGACGAAGAGCUAGGGGAGGAGGAAGACAUGGGCGGCGGAAGUGCGUGGGAUGCCGACGAAGAACUAGUGACGGAAGAGAGCCUGUCUGGGGAGGUGAUACCGCAGCUCAAGACACGCCUUCGGGAGAGGGGUCUGCCCGUCUCCGGCAAGAAGUCCGUCCUCAUAGCACGCUUGCUGGACUCCAUGGCUGGCGAUUCCCACCCGCCGUCGGCGCCGCGACGACGCGGCGACCCUCCCACCGUCGGCGCUGGCGCUACGCCCGAAAGCGAGGCUGUAGUAGUACUACCAGGUGUGGGUAGGGGGCUUGGUCAUGGGGACGCCAACGCGGCGGACGGCGGCGGCGGCGGUCGCGGUUUGCCGGGAGGAUGGGCGGCAGCGGCGGCGGAGGCCUUGCUCGCGGGCGACUCUUCUUACUUGAGACUAAACAUGCCUAGCGGUGGCGGCGGCGGCGGCGGCAGCGGGGGGAGAUUGCAAGGCCAAGCCGGAGGCCGGGGAAACGGCGGAGUAGUAGGCGGCGGCAGCCCUGCCGCCCGGCCUCCGGGGUUUAUAGCGGAGAAGGCGGCAAGGGCCCGGCGGAAGAACGGGCACGCGGCCCUGGUGGGCCUGGUUUCCAGGUUGCUGAGUGAAGACGCGCGGGCGCCGGGGUUCAGCGGGAUCACGUCCUCGAGGCAGCUCGGACGGCUGUUGGCGGCGCAUCCCUCUCCGGAGAACCCGAACGAGACGGCGCUUACGUGCCUCAAGUCGAGGUGGCCCUCUUUGAUGACCUUCGUGAAGUCCUGCCCGGAGUUCACCGUGACCGAUAUCGGCAAGGAGAAGGAGUUCGGGGUGGUCCUGAACGAGAGGGGGGGGUGGGCGAGUCGGGGCGGCGAGGAGAGUAGACAUCGCCCCGGCUCGGGUCAAGCCGUCGCGGCGGUGAACGGUAGUGACGGCCGGCGACAAUAAUAGUUUAGGAGAGUUUCGACGACACAGCACGAAAGAGUGCCCGUGGCGGAAUUUUAUUUGAGACACGUUUCAUGAGAGACGAGCGAAUCAUCCACCCCUUUUUGUGUUGUGCGACGCGACAGACGUUAUCGUACACGCUUGGUUGUAUCUUCAGCAACGUGACAGACAGCUCUUGUCGGUUAAUGGUUUCCGACGUUUGUUUAAGUUAUCAUGCGACCAUAGCAGCUGCUGGUUCAACCGGUUGGAAGAGGGAAUCGUGGCU